ACGGUCUCCCUGCCCAGCGGCCCUUGCACAAAGCUCUAGAAAACUGUGAAAGUGCCUUCAGCAUAAACAAUCCAGAACUCUCCCAGGACAAAUCACUUGCCAACUGAAGGAAAGGCCUGGGGUUUACGGUUUCACUCGGAGCAAGAGGUGGAAACUUUCUGGGGGGCAAGACCGACCAGGAAUCAGUGGGUGUCACUGCAGCAAGACAAGGAUGGACGACGAGUCGCCCGACGAGCUGCUCUUCAAAGACCACAACUUCUCCUCGGACUUACUGAGGCAGCUCAACGGCUUAAGACAACACAGGAUCCUGACGGAUGUGAGCAUCUGUGCCGGUGCCUGGGAGGUCCCCUGCCACCGCAACGUGCUGGCCUCCAGCAGCCCCUACUUUAGGGCCAUGUUCUGCAGCAACUUCCGGGAGAGCAGUGAGGCCAAAGUCCAGCUGAAGGGCAUCGACUCCCCGGUGCUGGACUGGAUCGUGGCCUACGUGUACACCGGGGAGGUGCGCAUCGCGGCCGACAACGUCCUGGCCCUGAUGGAGGCGGCCUCUCUGCUGCAGUACCCCAGGCUGUUCGAGGCCUGCUCCUCGUACCUGCAGAGCCAGCUGGCCCCCAGCAACUGCCUGGGCAUGAUCAGACUCUCGGAAAUCUUGAGUUGCCAGACCCUCAAGGAGAAAGCCAGGGAGGUGGCCCUGGCGUGUUUCCCGGAGGUGGCCACCUCCGCUGACCUGAAGGAGCUGUGCGCCUUGGAGUUGAGAGACUACCUGGGAGAUGAUGGGCUCUGCGGGGAGGAGGAGAAGGUGUUCGAGGCCCUCAUGGCUUGGGUCAAGCAUGACCUCCAGGCCCGGAAGCGAUACAUGCAGGAACUGUUCCAGCAGGUGAGGCUGCAGUACGUCCACCCRGCCUUCUUCCACCACUUCAUCGCCAACGAUGCCCUCCUCCAGUCUUCGCCGGCCUGCCAGACCAUCCUGGAGAGGGCCAGGAGGCAGAUGUUUUCUCUGUAUGGCUCCAGUGCCCCAGACUGCAAACCCCUGUGGCAUGUCCCUCCAAGGAGCUCUUACCAAGACUUCCUCAUCCUCCUGGGUGGAAGGAAGGACAACCAGCAGACCACCAGGGAGGUCCUGCUCUACAGCUCACAGACCGGCCAAUGGCAGAGCCUUGCCAAGCUCCCCACCCGGCUAUACAAGGCCUCGGCUGUCACCUUGCACCGCAGCAUCUACCUGCUCGGGGGCAUGACUGUCAGCGGGGGGAAGAGUCUGGUCAGUCACAAUGUCUAUGUCUUCUCCCUGAAACUCAACCAGUGGAGGCUCGGGGAGCCCAUGCUGGUGGCCCGCUACUCCCACAGAAGCAUUGCCCACAAGAACUUCAUCUUCUCCAUCGGGGGCCUCGGAGAAGGGCAGGAGCUCCUGAGCUCCAUGGAGAGGUACGACAGCAUCUGCAAUGUCUGGGAGAGUAUGGCCACCAUGCCCGUGGGAGUUCUCCACCCUGCCGUUGCUGCGAAGGACCAAAGGCUCUACCUCUUUGGGGGAGAGGACAUCAUGCAGAACCCUGUACGCCUUAUCCAGGUUUAUCACAUUUCCAGAAACACGUGGUUCAAGAUGGAGACGAGGAUGAUCAAGAACGUGUGCGCCCCUGCGGUGGUGCUUGGGCAGCGGAUUGUCAUUGUGGGAGGUUACACGAGGAGGAUUCUUGCUUACGACCCUCAGACCAACAAAUUUGCCAAAUGUGCAGACAUGAAAGACCGGAAAAUGCACCACGGGGCCACGGUGAUGGGGAACAAGCUCUAUGUGACAGGCGGGCGGCGGCUGACCACAGACUGCAACAUUGAGGACUCAGCCUCUUUUGACUGCUAUGACCCUGAGUCAGACACCUGGACAUCCCAGGGGCAGCUGCCUCACAAACUCUUCGACCAUGCCUGCCUCACCCUCCAGUGCAUACCCCACAUGACCACCCAUUCGUGAAGUCCACAGGGAACCUUAGUUGAGACGCUUUCUGUUGCAAAGGACAGAAACCCAGCUCCAAAGAGCCUAACCCUACAGGGAUGCAGGGACGGAACCCUCUCAGGACUGAAGGCACCAAGGCCUGGGGGCCUGGAGCCAGGCCUAUGGCCAGAAGUCYCUUCUCCCCCAGCCUUUCUCACUGUCUCUACCUUGUCUCUACUAGGUCUCCUUCCUCGAGUUUCUGCAUCCACACAGCAUGAGGAUUACCAGUGACGAUUGAUAAACUCUAACUCACCAUCUCUAGCUUUGCAUCUUCAUUGUACCAUGAUCCACAUAUUAAUCUUAAAAAAAGGUGCUGGCAGGCCCUUUUUGAAUCCCAUGCCUGCCUCUUGAGACAAUCACUAUUGCCAGAAUGGUGCUACUACAUCCGCCUAGUCUUGAAUCAGGUCCCUAGGAACAGAGUGGGGUUAACUCCUGUGAUUGGCAGCCCAUCCAAAACACAUGCAAUGGGAAGGAAGGAGUUUUCCAAAGGAAGAAAUUCUGGAUAGACAAAAAGCACAUCUGGCCCAGGACACCUUUGCAAUCUGGAACAAGAGGGCUGAGAGACCCAAGAGGACCCCUGGAAGCAUUUGGUCCAGGUGGCAGCAUGAGAAAUUGGCCACGACUGUGUUUGUCUGAAUUCUAUGGAUGUCGUACAUUAAAAUCCCAGAGAAGUAUGUGCGAUUCAGUAUCUCAUGUUUGCAAAAUGAUCUCGUACUGCAGGAUAUAAAAACAGAACAAAGCUGGUUUCUGGUGCCAAAUGAUGUUUUUCUCCGGCCUCUGGGGAGCUGUAAACCUGCAGAAUUAAUCUGGGUUUUCAUUUUAGUAAAUGCUAUGAGAAUUGCUCUUCCAGGGAAAGCCAACAAAUUCCUUCAGUGAUUCCAGGAAACAUCACCCUUCAGAAGCUGGGGCUGACGAGCCCUGCGGCCCCUUUAUCUUGAAGCACCUCCCACCCCAGCUCAGGCUCCAGAUGAAGAACAAGCUGAAGCUGAGAACAGCGGCUCUGCACGCUGCCAGCUCCUCACCACCACCUGGGGAGAUGUUUGGAACCAGGACGAGCACCCUUCAAGAUAGAUGGAUGGGGAUUCAGCUAGCUGGGGCCCAGAACUCUGGAUUUCUUUUAAGUUUCCUAGAUGAGAAGGUAAAGAACCACAGUCCUGCUCAGCUGUGGGCACUGGAGACCUCGGGUUCCAUUCCCAUCCUGUCCUGGCCAGCCCUAUCCAAACCUAGCGUUGUACACAAAGGACCCUCCACCCGUAGCAACAUCUGGAACAAGUCUUGGUGCCCUGAGCGUAGGGUACACCGGUGUUGGGCCCUCCCUUCCCACCUCGCUCUCUUGCUCUGGGUUCUGGACUUUUUCUUCCUGGUUUGUAUUUCUGUGCCUCAGCCUCUCGGGCUGAGGGUGAAGCUCUGUGUGCUCCCUGGACCACCAGCCAGUGCCUGCUGCUCGGCCUGCACACUGCCCCUGAGCUACUGGCUGGCAUCUUACCCCGGCCGGUUCCCCUCAAUCCCACCUCUCCCUGCCUCUGCUUGGAAAGGUAACCAGUGGCCAUCAGAGUCCCCAAAUCGGCAUUUCCUGUCCUGUUGAUCAGUUGGCAGCAUAUGACGUUGCUGCCCUCCCUCCAUCUUGUAGGACCUCUUCCUCACCUCAGGACACCACUCACUCUUCCUCCUCCUCCCCAGAGUUCCUUCUUGUCUCCUUUUACCCCAACUGAUAAAUGGUGACGCACCCCAGGGCUCAGUCCCUAGAUCUUCUGUGUAUCCACUCUCUCUCCCUGGAUGGCUGAGUUCCUGUGGCCCAUGGAUCUGCACACCACCCUACGCUGCUCACUAGCCAACUUUCUCACAAUCCUGCUCCUCCCAGGGCUUCCCCACCCUGGGGGAGAGUGACACCUUUCCUGCACACACCACCAGAGUCCAGCCCAAGCCGCCAUCUUUUCUCAUCUGCUUUCACCUUGACUUCCUGAAUCUCUUCUCCACACAGCCACCUGUUUACCCUCCCUGAGCCCCUGGCCUUGGCACUGGAUAUUAAACCCAGAGGCAGUUUUUCACCAUAGUCCAUCCCUAGCCUCUUUUUUUAUUAUUAUUAUUUGAGACAGGGUCUCACUAGGUUGCUGAGGCCAGCUAAAAACUUGCCAUUCUCUUGCCUCAACCUCCAGAGUCACUGGGAUUACAGGACUGUACCACCAUCAGCUGGGCUGUUUGAUCAUUUAAAAACUUAAAUGUAAGUUUACAGAGUGGCAGAGGGGAAAAAAAGACAAAUGUAAGUUGAAAUAGGCCAUUCCCCCUUUUAAAAGUCUCCUAAGCCUUCCUGGCUACUGAGCUGACCCUCAGAGACCAGCGAGGUCCCUCCACCUGGCCACCAACGCUCUGCCUUCCCUCUCUGUCUUGUCCCCCAACACAUCCUGCUCUUCUCCCUCAGCACCAGCCUCGCUGACCCUCGGGCUCGAACAUCCUGGAUAAGUCCCCACUCUCUGUUUUCACACCUCUGUCCCCUGCCUGGAAAUGCCUGCGCUAGAUAACCCACCGCACAGUCCCUCCCCCACUCCCCAGGGGCCUGCUCUGGAUGGAGGCCCCUCCCUGACCACCUCCAUCCCACCCGUCAACAGGCCUCUCUCUCAGCGAGGCCCUGAAAUAGCUCUCAGAUACCUCGGGCCUUUCACUGCUGCGUCUCCAGGACAAGCCAUCUGUCUCCUGUCCAGCCUCCUAAAAGGACUCGGUGCCCUGCUGAUCCUUCCCUGAGCCACAGCCAGGGCUGUCUCUACACAGCACAAACCUGAGCGUGCUGUUCUUCUGCUAAAAGUGCUCCAUGGCUUCCCAGAGGCCUUUGAACAAAGUCCCCAACCCUUCAUCCAGCUCCUGGGGCCUCCUGGGCCCAGCACCACCUCUCUCUCUGACCUCAUCUUCUGCCACCGCCCUCCCUACAGGUGUCCCUGACCAGACGUCCUGCACCACCCUAUGCCCUGCUCUCUCUUGCUUCAGGCUUUGCAAGAGCAAUGGCCACUCCCUGAUAGACACCCCCCUGGACUUCACCUGCGACAAUUUCAGUUUAGACCUCACCCACCAGAUUAAAAGUCCCUACAUCAGGGAGGCCAUCCCUGCCUCCCACCCUGGCUGGGGUCAGCUCUCCUAUUAAAAGCCCGUUGUGCCCCAUGCAUUCACCUCAAGACCCUCAUCCUAUUUGAAAUUACUUGAUCGUCUGUCCUCUGACUAGCUGCUUUUAUCACAUUCCCAAAACUGGCCUCUGGGUCUGCAUAUAUGCUGUAGAAGCUCAAUAAACAUUCAAUGAAUGAAUGAAAGAACUGGCAAAUGAAUAAAGAAGCUGAAUAUCUUCUCUGGGGUUUUCAUCUCAAACUCAGGGAAGUCCACACAGGCACUAGUUGAAGGCCCCAGACCCUCUGCUAAGGGUCAUUCUGCCCUUCCCUCCAUGACCCUUUCCUUCCCUGAGCUGAGCGUGGCGGGUCUGGCUGGUAUGAUGUGGUUCGGCCUUCCGGGGUCCAGCCCAAAGGGCCCUAUUUGCCUGGAAUUGGAAGUAAGAGUCUAUAAACUCGUUCUGUGUCCUCCAAAAAUCCUCCUGUCAGAGACUUGCUAAUGCCUUGACUGGCUUUGCUUUUCUUCUUGGUGCAAUAGUUGAUAAACGGCCAGCGCCUGGGGCCUCUCGAAGCUUGUCCAAGUCUCCCUAGGGGACAGAAGAACUAUGUAAGUUGCCUCCUGGGAUUCAUAAAGGAAGAUGGCAUCAGGGCCAAACACUUUGGAAAACACGUCAYAGGCCAGCAGUGUGUGACCAACCCAGUGCCUUUGUGGCCGCUGGGUCCACACACCUGGACCAACCCAAAAUCCGAGUUGAGUUGUAAAACAAUGUCAGCCUGUGAGGGGCCCCUCUCCAUCUGCCAAGGAUAGUCUGUCUGGAACCAAGGAGAAAGAUGGUCUUGGCAGGAGGCUCCCUUGGCCUGGCAGGCUGGAUAGAGUCACAGUCCAUAGCCAAGGUCAAAAUAUAUUUAGCCAGUGGCAGUUAAAUGGAAACAUUCUAACUUUAAAAAAAAUGUCAAAGGACCUGGCUAAUUAUCUCAACAGGCGGGAAAUGAYGCUCAGCAAGAAAACACCAACAGAAAUACCAACGGCUCCUUCCACCCUGAAACAGGAGCACAGGAACCAGGGAGAAAGGAGCAGUGGAGGGCAGGGAGCAGGCAGCGAGGGGCAGCGAGAGUGACCAGAGGAGGCUGCGAGCCUCAGCACUGGGCAAUGCCACCCGGUCCCAACUCCCAGUGGGCACUUGAAAAGAAGGCCUGGCUCUCCUGAGCCACCGUCAGGACCACGGGCCAGGACCUGGCCAGCAGAUGCUGCGUGGGAUGGUUCCCUGGCAGAAUGGCCUGUCCCAGGCAGGACAGAACCUCUGCUUUCAGACCCCUCCUGCUUCUCUGCCCACAGCAGGGGAGGCUCCAAGGGUACCUCCCUGGCACCCAGCCUGGAGCCUCCAGUCCCCCUCUAGGUGGCUACCUCCUCGUGAUCCUCCUCACCCUCUGCUGCAGCCACACCCUCUGGUGACAAUACAAAGUCCCAAGUAUCCACCUCCUACACUCAAAGCCCAAAGCAGAUAGAAUUCUCCUUCACCAUCUCUAACUAAAAUCCAUAACACCCCAGAGGGCAAACUGUGCCCAGUUUUGCAUGAAUGCUUCACCCCCUUCCCCGGAUGCCUGGUCCCUCCUUCAGACUCCACACACUAUGCAUGCCAUGUCUCUGUACCUUUGCACGUGCUAUUCCCUCUGCUGGAUGCCUUUCCCUGCCCUGCCUAAUGAACUCCCACUGGACCUUCGCCUCUUCUGCAGUGCCUCCUCUUCCCGGCUCUAGCCCCUUUCACUCUCUAGCACCAUGUGUGCAGGGGUGCUGGGGAAGGGCCCUGCUUUCUGAAAUGUCAGCUCUCGCGCAAUCUUACAGGAAUUCCAGGCCGCUGUUCAAAGGCUACGUCAUUCUCUUCAUGUGGGUAAUUUGGUCUUUGUUUUCCCUGAAGAURAUCAUGAGUGUCUUUUCCUCUUCGUUUCACUUGUUUGAUUCAAUUAAAAUGCCAGGGCCCGUGACCCUGAAAACCCCGGUGACUCCCCACCACACAACAAGUCAGUGGUCCAGAAAAUGGUGUUCUGAAGACACAGACAGGGAUUCAAGAGUCUGAAGGGAGCUAGGAAGAGGCAGACUGGCAGGCUCAUCUCAGAAUAGAUGAGACCAGACCGACUCUGGUCUGAAGUCCUGGUGUCAACCCAGAUCUGAAUCUGAAUGGCUGUGWGGUCUUGGGAAAAUGAAUCAACCUCUCUGUUACUGUUUCCUCAUUUUUCUCUCUAGAGUAAUAUCAACCCUCUCAGAGAGCUUUUAUGAGGAUUAAUUGAGUUGACAUAUAAGUGCUGUCCAUGAAUUAGCCAUUGUGACUACUAGUUGUGUGGCCUAGGAAAGAUCUCUUUGCCCCUCUAAGCCUCAGUGUGCUCGUUGGUAAAAUGGAGGUGAUGAUAUCCCUGUGCCGUGGGUUAAAAG